CUACGCGAGUGUAAUGACCCGCAUUAAUCUGAAGUAUACCACAAAGGAUUCAAAGGACACUCAGAACGCUACUUUCCUAUUGAAAACAACCUUUGCCUCCAAAGAUCCGGCAGCCAAUAUACUGGCCGGCUACGGGGUUUCCAUCAGAGAAAUGGAGAUGUACCAACAGAUUCUGCCCCACCUGGCCAGAAUGGUGAGGGGUGAGAUGGAGGAUUCCCGGAAGAUGUUCGCUGCUACCGUCGAUGUGGAUCGAGAGCGGGACUCAAUCCUUUUUGAGGACCUGACGUUGGAGGAUUACAAAGUCGCUUGCCGUCUAAAAAAAUUGGAUUUGGAGCACACACAUCUGGUCCUGGAAAAACUGGCUGAAUUCCAUGCAGCUGCGGCAGUUCUUGCCGAGCGAAAGCCAGGAAUCUUUGAGAAUAACGACGAUCGAGGAUUCUUUAACAAACAUUUUCGAGGCUUUCAGCCAAUCUUUAGGAACCUACUACAGGCUCUAUCUCGCUCCCUAGAGCUGAAUUUGGAUCUAAAAAAUCGUUAUCAGAGGAAGAUAGACCGGCUAGUGGAUACUAUAAUGGAUUACGGCGAUCGAUCGACGUCGACCAAUCCAGGAGAUUUCAUAACUCUAGCCCAUGCGGAUCUUUGGACAACAAAUGUGAUGUUUCAGUACGACAAACAGGGUCAUCCCAUCAAUGCCGUCUUAAUUGAUUUUCAGUUCAGUGUGUGGAACUCUCCGGCCAUCGAUCUGCACUACUUCUUCUCCACUUCGAUCCAGGACCAUCUUCGCUGGAAACAUCAGCCUGAAUUGGUCCAGUUUUAUUACUACCGGCUGGUGGAAUCCCUGAAGAAGCUAAAGUAUUCGCGUCGUAUUCCGAGUUUAUUUGAAUUUCAACUGCAGUUUAGGGCUAGAUCUUUCUAUUCUGUUUUCUGCUCGCUGAUUUCCGAGCCCUGCAUGCUUUACACCGGAACUGAGGAAGCGUCCAUUGCUCAAGGAUUGUCCACUGCCGCCAGUGGAGUACGGUUCAGAGAUUCUGUGUAUCAUGCUGACCACAUCCGAGAAAAAAUGGUACUCACUCUGCCGUUUCUGGAUCAGCAGGGGCUGCUAGACGAUAUGUGAAGUUUUAUUUUUUACUCUUAUAAGUUAGUCUAGCUAGUUAGCCUAGCUGAACAACAGACGCUUUUCUAUGAUCAUUCACACAGAGCAAAGCCCUAUCUUAAUAAAUUUACUCAAAUGUGC